AUGCCAGGGGUUUAAAUUUUCCGAACCAGUCUAACAAGACCAAAAAGGCGACGCAAACUUAACCCAAACGAACGGUGUGAAGCAAGAGGAAGUGUGUGGCCGAGCGCGAGCUCGCCAGCGAGUAAGUGGCCCGAUAGCCAGGGCGCAUUUUUAUAAGCACCCAUAAAGUGGCCCAUUUUUAUCGGUUUUGUUUAUACCUACAUUUUUAUUUAGAUCAAUAAGCAGCAAACCAACAAAAAAAACUAUAUAGUGCAAACGCUUGCUGGUUGAUACGGGUGAAGCAGUAAAUCCGUCCAAGCUCAUGACUUAAUCCACGCGAGUUCGCGAUCCUACAGUUACUACAAUCGAGUUCGAGUGGUUCUGACCAAUUUGUAGAAUCCGAAAAAAGAAGCCGUUUCUCGCCGGUACGGAAGCAAGUGGGCGAUCCCCGUUGGACUUUUCGUGUGAUUUUCAGUUCGGGUAGGUUGAAUUUGGACGCAUUCCUGGGCUAACGUAGUGCCACCGUGAAGUGGACAACAACAAACUUCUGCUGGACAUCGGUUACACACCACACGCUGGCUGCGUUCGGAGACACCUCGCAUGUGAAUCAAUAAAAAAAAUCCCAACCAGGAAAAAGUGCAACAAGAGACUCAUUAAAAGCAAACACAGCCUGCUGCUGGUGAUAAGUGUGUGCAAAUGUGAGCGAAAAAAAAGGUGCAUUUAGUUUGCGGACACACCGAGAGAAAACCGAAGUCGUGACGGGACGUGAAAAACGAAAGUAGUCCGAUGUUCCCUCCUGGAGGAAUUCGCAAGACACUGGCAUCCAGUCGCUCCCAAACUGAGUCCUGAUGUGAGUUGGCAGAUCCAUCACGACGUGUGCGUGUGAAACAAAAAAUGACAAAUCUAAACAAACUCAAAGUGGUCGUCAUUGGCAGCUCCAAAGUGGGAAAAUCAGCCGUUACCGUGCGAUACCUGACGAAGCGAUACAUCGGCGAAUACAGCUCUUCCCGGGAUUUUGUCUACCGACACGGCGUCAUCUACGACAAUGUCACGACCGAGGUGGAAAUUCUGGACACUUCCAAGUGUGAUAAACGAGGCUGCCUGUACGAGCACCUCCGCUGGGGUGACGCAUUCGUCGUGGUGUACUCCAUCUGUGAUAAGGCAAGCUUCGAGGAAGCCGCCGACUACUUGCAGCAGCUGACCAAGCUCAAGCUCCCAUCUUACUACACGAUCCUGCUACUCGGGAACAAGAGUGACCUCGAUCAUGCCAGGGAAAUCUCCGUCAACGACGGCCAGGAGCUGUCCUUCCGCUACUCGUGCCAAUUCUACGAAGUCUCCGCGGCGGAAAACUUUGCCGGCGUGUCGCUGGCCUUCCAGUCGCUCAUUCGCGAAGCCCGCUCGACGCAGCUCUUCCGGGCGCUUCCCCUCCGGAGGAAACUCGGCGUCAACAGUGUUUCGAAGGCGCUCGGGAACAUCUUCGGCAAGAACAGCAAAGGCGAACGGAAGAAACGACCCUCGCUCAGCAUAUGACGUCCAAUGGACGAUCAGUCGCCGGACUCUAGAAACAUUGUGUAAAUAUAGCGAAAUCUACUUGUAUGUACAACUCUCUAGUUUGUAAGGAGUAGUUUUAAAAUUCAUAUGCUUAAACAAUCAUCAGCUAUAACCAUAGUGAUUAUGAAGCCAACCAUUCCGGAGUUGUAACUGUGUCAUUUUUGCGGGCAAAUGUAAUUGUACAUAGUAGCAGUUAAGUCGUGAAAACAAAACUUGCAUCAAGAUUGCAAAUUUGAAGUAAAAUAAAAUCCUCAAAGUAUUGUACAUGUUAUCUAUCGUAUCGUAAGAUUCCUAUUCCUUUAUAAUGCGAUUACUUUGGACAUUUGACGUUCCUAAUUGAUAGAUUUAAGUGCGCGCACUGUACUUUUGAACUGCGAAAUUUGAACUGAAAACGACAAUAAUAAACAGUAUGAAUUGGA